AUGCUCUUUAUUACAGAUGUUCAUCCUGCCCAAGUGCCACUCAUCGUAAAGCUAAUCGCAUUCUGUAGUUCUCCUUCAUCCCCUCACUCAUUCUCUAUAUUUCUCUACCAUUCCCUCUCACUCAUACUCUCUUCUGUAGUUCUCUCUCGUUUCCCCUCAAACAUUCUCCCUCUGUAUUUUUCUCUCAUUCCUUCUCACUCAUUCUCUUUCUGUAGUUCUCUUUCAUUCCUCUCAUUCAUUCUCCCUGUAGAUCUCUCUCAUUUUUUCACAAUCAUUUCUCUCUCUCUCUCAUUUCCUCAAUGUAGUUCUCUCUCCCAUACCUCUCAUUACUUCUCUCCCUGUAGUUCUCUCUCGUUCCCUUUCGCGUAUACUCUCUCUGCAAUUAUCUCUGUAUGCCUCUCACUCUUACUCUCUGAUUCCCUCUCAUUGUGCAGCUCUUCCUCAUUCCCCAUUACUCAUUCUUUAUAUUUCUCUCAUACCCCCUCACUCAUUCUCCCUGUCGUUCUCUCUCAUUUCGUUUCAUUCAUUUUUUCUCUGUAUUUCUCUUUCAUUCCCCCUCUCUAUACUCCCUCUUUCUCUCUCAUUCUUCUCAUUCAUACUCUCUCUCUCUGUAGUUCCCUCUCACUCAUUCUCUCUCUUCCCCCUUAA